AUGGAGGGCAAUUGGUGUUGUGAGAAAUUGGAUACCAGUUCCUCUGGAUGGCACAAGACCAUGACCGAAGUUUUGAGCAAAAUCAAGGGGGUGUCUUACACCAUUGAUGCACAAGCCGGGAUUGCACAUGUUUCGGGGACAAUCGAUCCGAACACCCUUAUGAAGUUAUUAGCACAAUCAGGGAAGCAUGCAGAGCUGCUUAGGGUUAACUCAGGAUAUAAGCAUCAGUUCUAUACGGCAAAACUUGUUGCUAUUGCUAAUUACAGAAAUGGACAAUAA